ACCACUUUCACCCUCUUUAAGCCCAUAUAUCUAUGCAUAGAUUCUCGCAAUUUAUUUGUAUUUUAAUGGAGAAAGUGUUUGAUUCUGUUAUACCAAUUGAAUCCAUUUUGCUAUAAUCUUUCUCAAUUACAAUUCUUGGGUUUUGGCAUAUCAAUGUGAACAAAACACUUCUCUUUUGGGGGUCAAUUUUUUGUUUGUUUGUUUGUUUGUCAAUUUUUCUUGGAAUUGAAGUGAUCAAAAGAAGUAGGUAAGGAUCUGAUUCUGGGUUGUUUUGGAAGUUAACAAAGGUUCGAUUUUUAUUACUUUGAGAUAAGCUCUUGCUGUUGUUAUUUCGGUUCUUUUGUGGUUAUGGCUUUUUGGAUUCUUUGGGAUGUAUGAACAUGAAAAGUGUUGUUUGAUCACCUUGUUUAUGGUCUCUGAAUUUGGUUUUAAGAUGGAGAAAAUGUUGGCUCUUUUACAUUAUAUGAUUGCUGGUAUGUAUGCAUAUUGCCUUGGUUUUUGAUUAAUUUGGAGGAGGUGUAGUUAGCUUAGAUUAAUGGAUCAAAGGGGUGAGAAUUUGAGUCAGCAAGGGGAAGAUGUCAAUGGAGUUGUGUCUGAAACUGUCAUUGUGAAAAAUUCUGAAGAAAAUGCAGAUUUUAGAUUGCAAAAUGAUGGCUUUGUAUCCUGUAAGAAUCAUGAGAUGGAUUUUUGGAGUGAUGGGAAUUCGAGUAGUUUAGUUGAUGGAAAUGUGCUUAGGAAUGAGGAAAAGGAUUUGGGGGAGAAAAGCAAUGUAGUGGCAUCAAGUGAGGGGUUGGUUGAAGCGAGCAGGGAAUCGGUUAACCAGCAGACAAAUGAAAUUGGAGGAGUUGUUGAAACACUGGGUCGAGUUUAUCAAGGAAGUAGUGAGAGCUUGGAUAAUUCAGUUGGUGGAUUUGUGUUCGACACCACUGUUGUGUUUAACACCCAAGAGGCAGCAUGUGUCGAAGGAGGUAAUGGGAAAUUUGAAGUGGAAGACAAUGGACUCAGUUCAAGUAGAGUACCGGCAGAAGGGCCGAAGUCAAAAGUUGCUGAAACAAAGGAAUCAUGUGUGAUUGAUAUAAAGGGAAGUGGUGGUGGCCGAAGACAGUUUAGCGAGAGUUGUGAUGGGGAAAGAGUUUGUAGAAUUUGCCAUUUGAAUUCGGAGCAAUUACUUGAAUCUACUGAUAGUACAUCAACUACCGAAGCUGUUAUGGAUCUAAUUCAACUUGGUUGUGGGUGCAAAGAUGAGCUAGGAAGUGCACAUAGUCAUUGUGCAGAGACAUGGUUUAAGCUGAAAGGAAACAGAAUUUGCGAAAUCUGUGGCCAAACUGCAGAAAACAUCAGCGGCGUUAGACAUAACAGAUUUAUCGAAGAUUGGCAUGGCCAAGGAUCUACGAGUGGUGGUACUACCUUCUCAGAACGGCGGGCAGGAUGUUGGCGUGGACAGCCAUUCUGUAACUUCCUGAUGGCAUGCCUGGUAAUGGCCUUUGUACUACCAUGGUUCUUUCGUGUGAAUAUGUUUUAGCAGAGGCAUGGAAACAAGACAGAAUUCUCUUCCUCUGCAUCGGCAUUGUUCGCCUGCUUGUCCGGCCGGCUUCUCCCGCGGAAUUCGAUUGGAUAUAAAAUAAAUUGUCAGCGGAACUAUUUAUAGGGUUUUCUUAUUUCUGGUUUUCAACACACGUAUAAACAUAUGCUUAAAGACAUUGCUGCUGGCAUUAAGUUGUUGGUAUUAGGCCUUUGAACAUAAGGUUAAAGCGUGGACAAGAUGGCUUAGGCUGUGUUAAUGGGAAACGUUUUGCCAAAUUCAAUGUGGGAAUUCCCUAUGUACAGAAUGUAAUCACAGAUUUGGUCUGACA